UGCUACAAUUGCGACCGUCUCGGUCUGGUAUGCGCUCCAUCCGGCAGGGCCAGGAGCGUGUCCGGAGAGGCGGUGGCGGUGGCGGGGACGCCACAGCAGCCGGCCGACUUGAACGGAGCAUCUGCGCUCAAGCGGAAACGCACCUACAGAUCAUGCAUCGAAUGCCGCGGCUCCAAGACAAGAUGCUCGGGCCACAAACCCAUGUGUGCAAGGUGCAACGACAAGUCUUUGCCAUGCCGAUAUGAAGACCAUUCCGAACCCGCGUGGAAGCGGCGAGUCGCCCAUUCCUCGGCUGUGUCCGAGCAGCAAUCGCCGUCGACUGAAUCAGCGCUUGCAGACGCUGAGCUGACGCCGGAGAGCCGACCCAGUCCCAGCAGAAGACCCGACGCAACUCCAGGAGGCAGUCUUGGUCUGGCAUCGCCUGCACUGCCCCAUUCGCCCACGACCUCGAUCAUCGACGACUUGCACUGGUUGAUCGCACCCCAUCUGCCUGAUCAUGCACGAGCGCGCGUCCUAGUCGAGCGUUAUUUUGCCAAUGUGCACCAUCUGAGGUGCUUCGCCUUCCUUCAUAAACCAUCCUUUCUGCAGAAACUCGACAGUGAUUCUUCGCGGAACCAUGACGGCAACCCCCUGCUGCACAUUGUCUGCGCUCUGGGAGCUUUGUUCUACGCCGUCGAAUAUGAGACGUCAAGGAAUACAGUCCUGCACAUCAACCCCCUGGACGCCGGGAGGCAAUGGGCUCACCACGCCCAGAAUCUCAUCCUGGCAAGACUUGAUCGCAUCUCGGUCGAGAAUCUGAUGGCUGCAAUCAAUCUUGAGCACUCUACAGACGUCCUCUGUCGCGAGGGCGGCGAUGCACCCUCUGCCAGUGUCAAGGAGUCACGCAGGCGACUGAUGUGGUGCUGCUACAUCACUGAUUCUUUGGUCGGCAGUGGCAUCGAUCAGCUCACCCUCAUUGACGAAGACGAUAUCAAGAUUCAGCUUCCAUGCAACGAGCGCAACUUUGUGCUAGAAGAGCCAUGCAUCACGGAGACGCUGGAAGAAGGGCAGAUGCUGAAGUUCCUGCCAGUCGAAGUACUUCCAACAUAUCCUCAGGACUGUAUGGGUAUGACCGCAUUCUACAUCCGGCACAUUGCGAUGCGUCGAAAAGUGCUCAAAUAUAUCAAGCACCUUGACACAGCCAAAAUGCCUUGGUUGCCGGAUUCCGAGUUCGCUCAGCUUGAUCGGGAAUUGCGGCAUUGGUACGACACACUGCCCGCCAAUUUGCAGUUCACUCCAACGACACUCUAUAUUCGCCAGGAGACUUCGCAAGUCGGUGCGUUAUGCGCAUUGCAUUACGCUUACCAUCAGACCAUGUGCGACCUAUAUCGCAUCGCCGCACCCGGGCUGUACAAGUUACGAGCGCCCUUUGAUUUCCCACCCGAGCAGAGCGAGUUCCUGGGUCAUCUACAAAGUACACUGUUCGAUCACGCCCGAAGUCUUGCGACGAUCAUGGCAGAAGCUCUCCGACAUGGUCCUCACGCCAUUGCUGAUUCGUGGCUGCCGACCAUCCUUUACGACUCUUGCAAGAUAAUGCUCUACUAUCUGACCCAGCUUGUCGACCCCGCCGCGGAGAGCAGCAAAGUCUUGCUGGCCGAUACCAUUCCUCAUGUCCAGAACAACGUCAAGGCGUUGCAGAUCAUGCGUUCCAUGUACGCAGAUGCAGCACCACUUUCGAAAGCUGCCAACACCAUGGUGGAGAAAAUCGGCAUUGAGAUAUCUAACGCCACGAGAAAUCCUAAUUUCAUCCAGGAAGACCCGUAUUCGAACAACGAGGCCGAUGAUCACGACAAUGCGGGCUCAGCGCCUGGAACACCUGCGCAAAGCGCGCCCGACUACAUCCUCAACCCUUUGUCAAUAUAUCGUCUGGCCAGAAAAUCCAUCCCGGAAAAGCAUGCUCCAGAGACCAUGCCGCAACCAGCACUUCCCGCCACUCCUUCCUUUAUCCGACCUUCGCUAGCUCGCUCCAUGCCAUCAGGGCUGCCGUACUCGGGACCAAACCACGCGCGAGACGAAAGUCACUUGGCGCCAGAAUUGCGAUCAGAGGCGAUGCCACAGUCAGACCAGAUCAAUUUUGACGAGCUUCAAUCUCUCUUCACAAGUGACCCUACAGGCUGGACUUGGCAGCCUGCCGAGACUGCCGUCGGUUCACGCCAUGAAUCUAGCGGGUUGCCGCCAUGGGAGUCGCAGGCAUUGGAGGUAGGACUAGAUGCCUGGCUGCCAACGUUCUCACUCGAGCCUCAGUGA